UAAGUAUAUUUUCUUCGUGCCAUGAACAACAAGAAAACUAGAAGAAACGAUUUGAGGUUAUCUCUUUACAAAUCGUGAUGCAAAGUAAUGAUUAAAGUGAUCGAAAUAUUUCGUUAAUGAAGUAAUUGUUUAAUUACCACACGUCUGAGUUAUUACCGAAGGAAUUUGAGAAUGGCCGAGAUAGACAACGAGGAGCAAUUGCCUCAGAAUCUCGGCGACGAUGUCGUUCAAGAAGUUCUCAAGACCGGCACCGAUCUACGCCAGUAUUCUAGACAAAUCGAAAAAGAACUCAAGGAAGUCGAGAACAAGUCGAUCCAAGAUUAUAUCAAAGAGAGUGAAAAUAUAGCUAGUCUACACAAUCAGAUUGCUGCUUGUGAUAAUAUCUUGGAGAAAAUGGAAUCAAUGUUGAUGAAUUUUCAGUCAGAUUUAGGAAGUAUCAGCUCCGAAAUACUUUGUUUACAACGUAAAUCUGUUGCUAUGAGCCAACAAUUAUCUAAUAGACAAGUAAUACGUGGCCCGCUCAGUCAGUUUAUCGAAGAUAUGACAGUGUCUGAAGCUUUGAUCGCUGGUAUCAUGGAUUGUCCUGUGACUGAGAAGGAAUUUUUAAUUCAGUUACAAAACCUAAAUCACAAAAUUAACUUUGUGAAAGAGCAAAGUUUUAAAGAUGCAAAAUCUUGUCUAGAUGUUACAGAUAUACUAGAAAAGUUAAAAAUUAAGGCAAUGACAAAGAUUAGGACAUACUUAUUAGAGCAAAUUUAUAAAUUUAGGAAACCUAUGUCAAAUUAUCAAGUUCCACAGAAUAAUAUGCUAAAAUAUAAGUUUUUCUUUGAGUUUGUUUUGGCAAAUGAGAGAAAUGUGGCAGAGGAAAUCUGUGGAGAAUACAUUGAUACUAUGAGCAAAAUAUAUUAUUCAUAUUUCAAGAUGUACUCGUCGAAGCUGAUGAAAUUACAGUUUGAAGAGAGAGCAUCAAAGGAUGAUUUAAUGGGAGUUGAAGAUACAGCAAGUAGAGGUAUAUUUCAUAAAACAACAUUAAAACACAAAGGUACUGUUUUUUCAAUAGAUACAAGGGGUGAAGUUUUGUCUUCUCAAUUGGAAGCAUCUAUAAUUGUACCACACACUGCCAAAACACGGUAUCACUAUGAAGCACUAUUCAGAAGCGAACAAUACGCUUUAGUUGAUAAUGCUUGCCGAGAAUAUUUAUUCCUGCUUGAGUUUUUCAAGGCUCGUAAUACACAGGCGUUAGAUAUUUUCAAUCAAAUCAUGGGAAAAACAUUAAGCCUUAUGAUAAAAAAUUUGCAAUCAUUUGUCGAUGAUUGUUAUGAUACAAUUGCUCUAUUUCUUUGCUUGCAUUUGGUAAUGCGUUAUCAAUUGAUUUGUCACAAAAGAGCUGUACCAGCAUUGGAUAAAUAUUGGGACACUUUAACAGCCAUAAUUUGGCCUAGAUUUCACAUGGUGUUUCAGUUAAAUAUACAGAGUAUAAAAGAUUGUGACCCGUUAAAAUUGAACAAAGAAACUGGCCCACAUUAUAUUACCAGAAGAUAUGCGGAAUUUAGCGCAGCAAUCGUAAGUGUAAUUGAGGGAUUCCCUUGCGAAGGAGCAACUCAAUUACUAGCAGAACUGAGAGAAGCUGUACAAUGUUUCUUGUUUAGAAUGGCAGCCAUCUUCCAAAAUCGGAUGCAACAAUUAAUAUUUCUUAUUAAUAAUUAUGAUCUGGUACUUGGAGUAUUAAUGGAGAGAACACGAGACAAUUCCAAGGAAGCGGAGAGCUUUCGAGAGCAAUUGAACGCGCGUUCCUCCGAGUUUGUCGAGGAAGUCUUGAGCCCGCAUUUUGGUGGUAUAAUCCAGUUGGUGAAGGAAUCGGAGGCUCUAAUUGAAAAGGGUCAAGCCGACGAUUUGAAAAGGCAGGAGGGGAAAGCAUUGGCAUUGGUGCAAUCUUUCACAAAUAAUUGGAAACGAGCAUUAGAAGAAAUACAUCGGGAAGUAUUAAAAUCGUUUCCCAACUUAGUACUCGGCGGUGCCCUAGUGCAACGCGCAAUGACGCAGUUGGUACAGUAUUAUCAUCGCCUUCAUAAGAUCCUGCCGCCGAAUGCACGCACGCAACUUACAAACAUACAUCAUAUAAUGGUAGAAAUUAAAAAAUACAAGACAAAUUAUUAGGCAACUUCUUGACGAAGUUGAUCCAAACCUAAAGGAUGAUCAAAACCUUAGCUACUUAUUAUAUAAUAAAAGAAUUAUCUCCUAAUAUUGUAUAUAAUAUUUAACUAUUAUAGCUAUUUAAAAGUGAUAAUUAUUUAUUAAGCAAAGAUGUGAAUUUUGUUUUAUUACUAAAUAUUCUUUCCUUGGUGCAAAAUUGGGAGAAUAUAAAUAUAAUCUUUUGCGCAGAGAAAUAAAUUCUGUACAUUUAUUUAUAAAAUAAUACAAACUACAAAUAAGAUGCUAAGUACAUUCACAGUAUCGCAUUACCAUUCUAUACAAUAGUGAUUAAUUCUCUGUAUUCUUAUGCACGUGGCACGAGUACAUUGAACCACUGUAAUAUAUAUAUAUAUAUGUGUGUGUGUAUGUGUGUGUGUGUGUGUGUGUCGCGCGCGCGCGCGUG